AUGAGUAAAGUGAAGGAGCUACUAGAAGCCAAAGCUGAUAUCAAUCAGCAAGGUGGGUAUAAUACACCACUGACAGCAGCAUGUAAUGGUGGACAUAUAAGUGUAGUGAAGGAGCUUAUAGAAGCCGGAGCUGAUAUCAAUCCUAAAGGUGCGGGGUGGACAUAUGAGCUACUAGAAGCUGGAGCUAAUUUCAAUCAGCAAUGUGAGUAUUCUACACCACUGAUAGCUGCAUGUGGAGGUGGAUAUAUGAAUGUUGUGAAGGAGUUAUUAGAAGCCGGAGCUGAUAUCAAUCAACAAGGUGAGAUUCAUACACCGCUGACAGCAGCAUGUGAGGGUGGACAUACGAGUGUAGUAAAGGAGCUAAUAGAAGCUGGAGCUGAUAUCAAUCAGCAAGGUGGAGAUAAUACACCACUGACAGCAGCAUCAUGUAGCGGUGGACAUAUGAGUGUAGUCAAGGAGCUACUAGAAGCGGGGGCUGAUAUCAAUCCACAAUUUGAUCAUGAAUCACCACUGGUAGCAGCAUGUUCUCAUGGACAUUUGAGUGUAGUGAAGGAGCUAAUUGAAGCGGGAGCUCUUAUCAAUCAGCAAGGUGAUAUUAAUAAACCACUGUCAAGUGCAUGUAGCGGUGCCUAUUUGAGUGUAGUGAAGGAGCUAAUAGAAGCGGGAGCUGAUAUCAGUGAAAUAUGUGCAUGUGAUGGUGAAGGUUUGAGAAUAGUGGAUCUGCUAAAUCUGUAUCGCUCUUGA